AUGAAGAUGGUGUGGAAGAAGAGGGAGAGGGAAGACGGGAGGAAGAAGCGCAGCCGCGCUACGGCCGCCGAUCUCGACCUCCCUUUCGAUGCUUCGGAGGAGGAGACCGCGGCUGCGAAGGAAGAAGAGAAGAAGGGUUUCAAUAACGUCGGAGCCCUAGAUUUGGACUCCCGGUCCUCCGACCCUGGGCAGCUCGCUGAGUCCUUCCGGUCCCAAGGAAAUCAACUCGCCGAGGUUGAUUUAUUUGCUCUUUGGCUGUCGAUUCUUCUCUAGCGGCGCGGUUUCUCGCGUGGAAGAUGAUCUCAAUGCCGCGAAAGAAAUUUUUAUCUCCCUUUUUUCUUCCUCCUCCCCUGUGCGAUGAAGGAGGGGAAGUACCGCGAGGCACUGGGGAAGUGGGAGGCUGCACUGAUGCUAACGCCCGACAAAGCUGUCCUCCACGAACAGAAGGCACAGGUGCUGCUCGAGCUGGGAGAUGCCUGGAACGCACUGAAAGCGGCGAGUCGUGAGUUCCCUCUGUUCAUUUCUCCUCCUCAGUUCCGAGUUCUUGCUUCCUCCAUUUCUGUUCAUGAGAGCAUGCAUGAUUUCUCUUGCUAUAUUUGUUCUUUGGGGGCAAUUUGUGUUCCCCUCUUGCCCAUUUAUUGGGUAUGGAUUUACGUGAAUAAUUGUUGGUAGGAUUUGCCAGAUGAUCGUAUCUGUUCAGUAUAUUCGUAAAUCUGUGAUCAAAACUGAGCAGGAUACAUGGUUUCGCGCUCGAAUCGGGCCAUCUGCCUGGAAUUUUUCCAUGGUUGCGGUGGUGUAAGAGGAUUUCAAUCAUCCUACAGCGUUUGAUCUCUUUCUGCGCGCCAUCUCUCUUCUUGGUCUCCACUGCUAGUACAGAAUAGGACUGGUAUCACACAAGAAAGAUGUGAGCAGUAAGUAGUCAUUUCUCUGCUGUUUGAGGCUGUUCGGGUGACUGAACCUCAUCUGUGCAGGUUUUCUACGUAAGAAAGACGGAAAAGCUGUCAUUUUUCGAGUAAGAUUGUUGAUUUUCUUGCGACCAAGAAAUUACUUUUUUGUUUUUCCUUGAUUUGCCCUCUUCAAUUUCUUCCUCCUCUCGUACCCGUUUGGCCGCAUUUCAUAGAAUAGAUUUCUUGCAAUAGUUGCCAUGUGAAGGGCUUUGUCGUCAUGCCCCCACGUUGACAUGAUAACAAAUUGGACCUGACAAUGAUUACAGGUGGCCUUUAUAUUCUGUGCGGGUUCUAUUGCUUUAAUAUCAAUCUAGGUUUUCCAUUCACAAUGAUUCAUUGCUCUGCAGGUGCUACUGAAUUGGAACCUUCAUGGCCUGAGGUUUGUGAUAUUCUCUCUCAUAUCAAAUAUGUGUUCUUGGAUGAGAUGGACUACAGUUCAAGCUAAAGAAUUACCAUCCCCUUCCGGUUUCCCAUGUGUCAUUUGGAUGCUUUGCUUAGUGAUUGUAUUAUUCAGAGUAAGAGGUAGAUUGCGGAGGGCAGAGAGAGAGAGAGAGAGAGAGGUGGGCUCUGGGUUUCCAAACUAGACUUCAUCAAAUCCCCACCUUUGUUUGCCUGAAAGGGUCUAUUUUUCUUUGUGGACUUGAUUUUGAGCUGAAGCCCAUAAAAAGCUGGGCAAGGAGAGACAGAGAAAGAAAGAGAGAGAGAGAGAGAGAGAGAGAGAGAGAGAGAGAGGUGGGCUCUGGGGUUCCAAACUAGACCUCAUAAAAUCUCCAACUUUGUUUGCCUGAAAGGGUCUAUUUUUCUUUCUGGACUUGAUUCUGAGCUGAAGCCCAUAAAAAGCUGAGCUGAUGAGUUCAUUUCUUUAAGCACGUCAAGUUUACUCUCUGUUAAAAUAUAAUAUAUGCACUUUUUAGGUCAACGAUUACAUCGUUUUUUUCUACUUUCUUUGUUGGAUGCUUUCACAUGUCUGAUGUUGACACAUUACUUGCACCUUGUCUUCUUCAUCUGAUCUCCUCUACCAGUCAUGGACGACGCUUGCUAGAGCGCAGCUAAACUUUGGAGAACCUGAGGCUUCCAUUCAGAGCUUUGACAAAGCAUUAGCUCUCAAGGUAAGCUGAAGAACAACGCAGAAGACAUGACAUGUUGGAAACAUUGGUUGAAACAUAAUACAACACUCGUUCUAGACAUCAUCUUCAGUGCCACUGACUGGCCUGACCACUUGUCCUUUCUAGUUUGGGUUCCAAAGUCUAUCUUAGAACGGAAAAUAAGACCUUGUCCAUUUCUUACUAGAAGCUCAGACCAUGCAUAUGAGAGUAUCCUAUGAUCACUUCCAUGCCAAUCUGUUUUAUUCGUGUUUAUAAAGGGUCUGGGCUCGGCUCUACUAGGGUUUGAGGCGGUGGUGGGUUCGCAGGCUUACUGAUCUUCAUGCUUUGCUCUUGGUUGCUGCCAGCCCGGCUGUCAAGAUAUUGAGUCAGAUCGGGAGAUCGCAUCAAGGCUGGUGAAGAGAAGGAAACAACUGCGGUUGUCAGGUUCAACUAUGUCCGACGGCCGCUUUGUGGUGAAGGACAGAGAUGGGGAUGUUAAGGAUGCGGGAAUUCAUUAA